ACCGGAUAACGGGAUAAGACCUCUCCGAUUCCGUAGACAAAUCCGCCGGCGCUCUGUCGGAAUGGCCACACUUCACUCCCGUGUGCACAUUCGCACUUGCCCCUUCCUUUCCUCCAUCCUUCCCCAACCUCUCCGCUCAAACCUCACCGGAAAAGCUAAGCGAUUCUGUUGGGUGAGGUGCAGCCUGUCACCGGCGCCCCCACCCUAUUUGCGGCAGAGCAGGCGGCUGGCCUCCAUCUCUCUCCUCUCUCACUUGCUUCUUAUCCCUAACCGUACACAACCCAUGUUCAUCACCUUCGAAUUUACAGUUCCUCUCUCUCUCUCUCAUUUAUUUUAUUCAUUCAUCAAUCAUUUCUAAUUAAUGUUUCAAUUUUCGACAUUGCAGAGGCUUUGGCCGGUGGCUUUCUGGAUAAGUAUGUAAAAAGGAAAAAGCUUGAUCCACUGGAGGCUUAUGUACCUGCUGUUAUAUUGACUCAGUUACAGAUUAAGGACUUAGAGAAAACUCUGGAGGUUGAUAAACCCGAAUAUAGUUUCUGCAGAUCCCUACUACGUUCUGGUCCAGCUGCAUCUCUACGUGUAAAUAUUAGAGCUGUAGCACAAUAUGCUUCAGAUGCUGGCAAUGGUGAAGCUGCUUUCAAUGAUGUCGAUCAAUGUCUGCGGUACUGCAACUGCAUUCCAGCUAGUGUGAUAAUGAAAGAGCAGCUUUAAUCAUUUUGUAUUUCUCUUGUCACAAAAUUGUUAUGAUAAAUAUUUUCAUCUAGGAUAGAACUACUUUACAAUUUUCUGACACCAGCAAUCUUUCUGCUCCCUUAGAGCCUUGGAGGAACUUGAUUCCUUGCUUCUGCAGGCAUCAAGAAAUAAUCAAGAAGCCUCAGUGAAAUCAAUGAAGGCACAGAUUGGAACUGCCAUUAGUGCACUGGACAGCCUCCUUCAAACAGUUCCUUCGGACGUUUUAAGAAGGGGACAGGAGAUUGCAGAUGCCUAUAGAAGGCCAGAAGACGAUGAGCCUAACCAAUUAGACCCAGAAAUGAAGAAACUGGAAUCACUCCUAUGAAGUGAUGGAUUCCAAGCAAAUGGAAUUUUGUUCCCUGGAGAUGCUUAACAGUCAUCAUAUUGUAACAUCAUGUUUUUAAUACUCUACAUCGAGCUAAAUUUUUUCCUAAUAGGGCGUCAUUUAUCCCUUCUGCUGGUAAUAUCCCAAAAUCAAGGAUUUCAUAAAUG